AUGGGAUUUGUAGCCCAUCAGUACCACAAGAAGAUCAUAAAACUCGCAAAGGGUUACCGUGGACGACAAAAGAAUUGUUAUCGAAUUGCCAUUCGCAGUGUUAUCAAAGCGCAGGCCAGAUCCUAUGUUGGAAGAAAACUGAAAAAGAGAGAUAUGCGUUCGCUGUGGAUCCAGCGAAUUAAUGCCGCAUCGCGACUCUUUGGUACAAACUACAACCAUCUGAUAAACAAGGAGAAAAAGGCAGGAAUUGCCAUAAACAGAAAAAUGUUGGCUGAAUUAGCCGUGACUGUGAGAUACUGAAGUUUUUUUAAUGAUCCAUAGGAACCCUGCUCUUUUAAUUCUCUUGUGCUAGCCUUCGAUGUGAUUGAGAAGAUGGGAUUGAGCGAUCCUGUCGCAGCUGCAAAGGAGGCCAUGUCCAAACUUCCCGACCACGCCCCUGUUAACGAUAUUCAAACCGUCCUAGAUGAGAUGAACAAGCUUUCCCUUU